CACCGGUACUCGCGAGUCCACAAACUCUGGCAUUUCUAAGCCUCCAUUUCCUUACUUUCCACUUCUUUGGCUUUGCCCUUUACAACCUUUCUUCCAUCGUCAUCACAUCAUCAUACACUUGCCUUCUUCUCAUCCUAGGCCUUCAUCCCACACCUCCCAUACAACACAAUGUCGCCCUCCAGAGUCCCUGUUUCCACCAGUACCCUGGAUCGUUUCCCCCAUAUCCAUGAUGACCCUGCCACUCUGUCCCGGUCCCUGGACCCCUUUACCAUCACUACCUCCACUGGCUUCCUUCCUUACUCCAUUGCCCCUGCCAAGCUGCCCGAGGUCUUCCAGCCCUUGGUGUCCCUGCUCGAGCGUGCUCCGGUUCUGAAACUCGAUGGUACCCCGGGUCUUCUGGCCAAGUAUGAGCUGGGCCCUGCCGUGUUGGCCGAGCUCCCCGACUUGACAGACGAGAUCGACAAGCAGGUCACACCCGAGGGCUUGCCUGACCUCUACACGAUUGCUGCCCUGUUCCGGGACUACUCCUUCCUCGCCUCGUCUUACAUCCUUGAACCAUGCUGGGAGAACUGGUGCAAGAACCCCGAGAACGGCUACGGGCUGGGACGUGACCUGCUGCCCAAGUCUGUGGCGCGUCCCAUGUAUCACUGUGCUCAGAUCUUGGACAUCCCCCCUUUCCUGUCCUAUGCAGCUGCAUACUCCCUCUUCAACUACACUGUCGCAGACCCGUCCAAGGGCCUGGAGUACUCUAACCUGCGCCUGGUCCGGGCCUUUGAGAAUGGGCUUGACCCUAAGAGCUCCGAGGCAGGAUUUAUCCUGACCCACGUGGACAUGGUCAAGGAGUCCGGCAGCCUGAUUGGUGGUGCUGUGAAGGUUGUCGACAAUGUCGAGCAGGGAGGCUCUCGAUCGGCGGUCAACGAUGGAUUCCGAGAGAUCCUGACGGCCAUGGAGAAGAUCGAAGCAUCCAUGGAGGACAUGUGGGCCAACUCCAAGCCCCAAGACUACCUCUCAUUCCGGGUCUUCAUCUUCGGAAUCACUUCCCAGUCCAUGUUCCCCAACGGCGUCAUCUACGACGGCGUUCUCGACAACAAGCCUCUUUUCUUCCGCGGAGAGAGUGGCGCCAACGACAGCAUGAUUCCCCUCCUCGACCACCUCUGCCAGAUCCCCAUGCCGUCCAACCCUCUCACCAAGGUGCUGCACGAGUUCCGCGCCUACCGUCCCCUCCCGCACCGCGAGUUCCUCGCCCACAUCAACUCGAAGUCGGAGGAGGUUGGCGUGCGCAACUUCGCCCUCGAGGACACCGAGACCACGAUUCUGCUUCUGAAGACCCUCGACCACAUUCGGAGCUUCCGUUGGCGCCACUGGCUGUUUGCCCGCGAAUACAUCAUCCGUCGGACGCCUCACCCGACUGCCACCGGAGGCAGUCCCAUCGUCACGUGGCUCCCCAACCAGCUGUCUGCGGUCAUGGACCUGAUGAUCUCGAUCUACGAUACGUACCUGGCCCCUCAGAAGGAGGCUGGCGUCGGGCCGGAUGGACAGAAGGGGUACGAGGCGUACCAGACGCAGGUUGAGCCGAUGAUGGAGAUGGUGCGGGACCAGAAGGAGAAGCUGGCUCGGGAGGUGGAGAAAUGGUGCAAGGAGAGGGGAGUGUAAGCGAUACCCAAAGGUUGAGUUCUGAGACUGUUAGAAUGGUUGGAGUCGGAAUAAAUGGCCGGGGCGUUCAAUGUUCAUGAUGAUAAUUUGCCACAACAAGAGCCCGACAGUAAAUAAAUAAUGAAUCUGUAUAUUCACGCG